AUGGCUCGCUAUGGUGUGAGGAGUGGCUUCGCCAUUACGAAAAACCUCAUAAUGUUGGUGUUAGGCAUGUCGUGUGGCAAGACGCGAUAUGGAGCGCCAUGGCGCGUUAUGUCCUCUCAUCAAACUGGCGCCAUGGCAACAAAGCUGAAUUCAGGAGACAACAGAAGCCGGAGCUUCGUUUAUAUAUUCAUCAUCGCCAGUUUGUGUGGUUUCUUCUAUCUAUUUGGGCGAUGGCAGAGGAGUGGAUUCGGGAAAGGAGACUUGCUAGUCAUGGAUAUAACAAAAACCAGUAAUACAAACUGCAAUUCGAUCCCAAAUCUAAACUUCGAAACUCACCACAGUGGGAUCACUGACAACGAUUCAACAUCACAAACCCUAGAUUUCCCAGCAUGCGAUGCUAACUUCACAGAUUACACACCAUGUCAAGAUCAAAAACGAGCAAUGAAGUUCCCAAGAAACGAUAUGAUCUAUCGAGAAAGACAUUGUCCUCCACAAGAAGAAAAGUUGAAAUGCCUUGUUCCUGCACCACAAGGAUACGUGACACCAUUUUCAUGGCCUAAAAGUCGUGAUUAUGUUCCUUACGCAAAUGCACCAUACAAGGCGUUAACAGUUGAAAAAGCUAUUCAAAACUGGAUUCAGUAUGAAGGCAACGUGUUUAGAUUCCCAGGUGGUGGAACACAGUUUCCUCAAGGAGCUGAUGCUUACAUUGAUCAACUUGCUUCUGUGAUACCCAUUGAUAAUGGGACUGUGAGAACUGCACUUGACACCGGUUGUGGGGUUGCAAGUUUUGGUGCAUAUCUAUGGAAGAGAAAUGUGAUAGCUAUGUCAUUUGCACCUAGAGAUAACCAUGAAGCACAAGUUCAGUUUGCACUUGAAAGAGGGGUGCCAGCUGUCAUUGGUGUUCUUGGUUCCAUUAAAAUGCCAUAUCCUUCUAAAGCUUUUGACAUGGCUCAUUGCUCCCGCUGUUUGAUUCCAUGGGGUUCAAAUGAUGGGAAGUACAUGAUGGAAGUUGACCGGGUGCUAAGACCGGGUGGGUACUGGGUACUUUCGGGUCCUCCAAUUAAUUGGAAAAACAACUACAAAUCAUGGCAACGCACUUUAGAGGAUCUAGAAGAAGAACAACUCAAGAUUGAAUCCAUUGCUAAACUUCUUUGUUGGGAGAAAAUAUCCGAAAAGGGCGAAAUGGCCAUUUGGCAAAAAAAAUCAAACACCGAAUCAUGUCGCCCCACCGAAAACACCCCCGGGAUUCAAUUCUGCUCCAACGAUCCCGAUGACGUUUGGUACAAGAAAAUGGAAACAUGUGUGAGUGCUGGAAGUGGAGGUGAUUACGUGGCGUUUCCUGAACGACUUUAUGAUGCGGUCCCACCGAGGGUUGUUAGCGGGUCGAUUCCGGGUGUGUCGGUUGAGAAAUAUAUGGAGGAUGGUAAAAAAUGGAAGAAACAUGUGAAUGGAUAUAAACGGAUGAAUGGAAUGAUUGAUUCCGGAAGGUAUCGGAAUGUAAUGGAUAUGAAUGCCGGUUUGGGAGGAUUUGCAGCUGCGAUUCAUUCGUCUAAGUUGUGGGUUAUGAAUGUUGUUCCGAAUAUCGCUGAGACAAAUACUCUUGGAGUUAUUUACGAACGUGGCCUUAUUGGCAUAUAUCACGACUGGUGUGAAGCGUUUUCGACGUACCCACGCACAUAUGAUCUCAUUCAUGCCAAUGGUUUAUUCAAUUUGUACAAUGACAGAUGUGAUUUUGAAGACAUUUUAUUGGAAAUGGAUCGGAUCUUAAGACCAGAAGGAGCUGUUAUAAUACGUGAUGAAGUGGAUGUGAUUAUGAAGGUGAAGAACAUAGCCACGUCACUAAGAUGGGAUACAAAAUUAGCGGAUCAUGAAGAUGGGCCAUUGGUUCCGGAAAAAAUACUCAUAGCCGUUAAAAGAUAUUGGGCAGUCGACAAUCAAAACAACACGACAACAUAA